AUGGCUACGGUGCUUAUUACACCAGACGUGAUGGUGCUCUGCUCCAUAGUCUCCUCGUGGACGGACAGCAACGGCCCGCAGAAACAUUCGAGGCAACGCCUCCCUCAUCAAACCCACCUCCCCUUCUCUCCCUGUUACCCUCCCUUCUCUUGUGCCCACAUCAUGUCAUGCAGAGAGGUGCUGGCAGCCAAGGACGCCACCACUGCAGUCCCUGAGCUAGGCCUAAUCGACACCAUGCUGAAGGAACUCGCGGAGUACUUGGGAAGGUCGCAUCCCUCUCACAAUGAGUUCAAAGAGCUGCAGGAGGUGUUCUGCCAGACAAACCUUGAACUGCAGGGAAUUCACGCAUUUCGUUGGCUCAGCCGAGGCGAUGCCAUCGCGCGCUUGGUGCGCGUGCUCCCUGCCGUCAACGUAGACGACGACUUCUACCCCAUUGUGACUUCUGUGAAGUUCAAUGUGCAUCUCUAUUACCUCGCCGACAUGCUCAUCAUCCUCAACAACCUCAACCUGGAGUUUCAGAAGCGGGAGGUCGACAUGACAUCGGUGCAGUCGACCGUGCGCCGCACCUUGAUCACCAUCCGUACGCGCUACAUCGAGUGCGGCGAUGACUUCGGUGGCGGCCCACAACAACAUCUCGGGGCCUUCCUAGCCAGGCUCAGUAAGUCUCGAAAAGUCACGGUGGAUGGCGUGGACAAGGAGGGGCGGCCACGAAAACAUAGCUUCGAGCUGCACGAGGAGCCACUGACAGGCUACAGCAAGACACCGGAUGACUUGCAGUCGUGCCUCGACGCCUGCCGCCGCAACGCCAAGUCGACGCUCAGCCACCUCCAGUAUCGGCUGGGGGAUCUCAAUAGCCUGAACGGUGUCAGGCUUUUUAUGCCAGACACGUACCCUGAUGACAAGGAGAGACACGCUGAGGAGUGCCUCGAGCACUUCGAGACUCUCGUCGACUUGUUCCAUGCCCGCGAGCGAGCAAACAUUCUCCCAGAAUCUGCCUUGUUCUUUCCCUGCUCUUUGUAA